CAAUUGAUUUCAGUCAUGGAAGCAUUCUUUGUUCUAACCACAAUUUUAUUGUUGGAGAGUACAUGUGCCAAGACUCCCCAUCGUGCUCAACCGGAUGCUCGCUGUCCACGUUUCGACGAUCCUGACGAAAUAAUUUUGUUACCUCAUUCAAAUGACUGCAGCAAGUUUGUGACGUGCCUUAGUGGAUUGGGAUACGAAAUGAACUGCCCUGAAGGUUUAGAAUAUUCGGUUGCUCAAACUACCUGCGAUUAUCCCGAGUAUGCCCAAUGUCGCAUGCGGAAAGAAACAAUUCAAACAGCUAGCAAUGGGUUCAAUAUUUUGCAGUUGCCACCGAGACCACAUGUAGAAGUAAACCAAAAUUGGGAAGAAAAGUUCGGCAUAGAGCCAAACCCAGCAGAAAAAGAACCGGAACUUGCACCGGAGGCUGUCCCAGUAGCAGAAAACAAUGAACCAGUGUUGGAAAAUUUCGGUAUUUCAGGUGCGUUUGAUCGCAGGUGUCCUGAUGUGGAUCAUCCUCGGAAAGUAAUACACUUACCAGUUGUGGGGAGCUGCAGUAAAUUUUUAAAAUGUGCUGGUGGAAGAGCUUACAUAAUGGAUUGUCCAGUUGGACUCGAGUUCAGUGUUGUUACGAAAAAAUGUGACUACCCGGCUCGUGCUAAAUGCUCGAUUCUGCCACUCGGCGCCUCUGUUCCUAGUGUCGUCGUCGCGGAUUCUCUGAUGGCCGUGCGGAUCAUGAUCCAGCCAUCGAGAAAAGCUGCACCGAAAGCCUCUAUUGGGGCUCUCAUCCUAAUUCUUGCAAUCGCCGUUGUGAGUGUUUGCGCAUUGCCUGAAUAUUAUCCACAAUACUACUACCAAUCACAGCAACACUGGGAAUAUCCGCAGUGGAACCAACCCCAAGUUCAACCAAAACCGCAGCCGCAACAACAGCCUCAACUAAGUGCUGAUGGGUAUAAAAUUGUUCCCGGCGUCAUCGACUCCCGUUGUCCAAGGACUGACGAUCCGAUAAAUCCAAUUCAUCUACCAAUCCGUGGAGAUUGUCGUAAAUUCAUGAAGUGCUAUGGAGGACGCGCAUAUGAACAGGAGUGCCCAGCCGGGUUGGAAUUCGGUGUUGAAGUCAAUCGCUGUGAUUAUCCGGCGUUGGCCCGUUGCAGCGGAUGGUAAAUAGAAAAGGAAAGCAAACAAUGUAGAAUUGUUAUACUGACAGCGCUUUUCUCACAAUAAAGAGCAUUCUUCAGUUGUUA